AUGUACAUGAGGUCAAAGGGGUCGUCGUGGAAGAGACGGACGAAGAACCGUGAUCAUGGCGAGUUCUUCAGCCGGCGUGGUUCCCAGGUUAGCAAACCGGAUACAGCUGGAUGCUCAAGUGGACGAGCAGCGUCAGAGAGAGUACGAAGCUCUGGAGAAGGAGUUUCAGUGGCUUCUUGAGUACGAGUACACGCAGAAAGUCGAAACAAUUAAUAAAUGCAUACAGGACUGCCUCAAGAAGUUUUCAACGGUCUUGCAACCCGCGGGAGGUGCAGAUCACAGGCCCAUCCUUCUGAGCUCUCCACGGCAGGGAGAUGGUGUCUACUGCCUGGCAGCAGUCAGUGGGGACAAGAUACUAAAAGCAGAGUUCAGGUUGCUUACCCCGACAGCGGCAGGGGAAGCAAGGCUCUCAAGACGUUCAUCAAAGAGCACGCAGCCGUGAAACUCAGACAGAUCCAGGACUCGGCGAACUUCUUCCAGCUGGCAAGGGACAAGUUUGGCGUCAUACGACAGAGCGGGGAGAGUCUGCGGACGCCGGACGAGAUACACCAGAGUUUCAGCGGACUCUGUUCGUCUCUGAGAGCUGCGGAAGAGAUGCUCAUAGUCCCACAGCUGCCCAAUGUGCAGGACCUCUACACCGCAGAAAACAGAAGUCACAUGAAGCCAGAGCUACCAGAAGACCUGGCCCUCCAUUUCCACAUCAGCUCAGUCUACCUGGUCUUGACUGUCCUCAUUGUUGCACCGAGUGCCAAAAGACCUUCUUCAGGACAGAGUCAGAGAAGCAGUGGUGUGUGUGACUCCGACACUCAGUGGAUUGGAGCAACUUUCGAGUAUGGGUCUAAUGUAUACGAGGUUGUCAAUCAACUACAAGUCAAGUCCAAAGUGCCUUGGCUAGCGGAUGUCUUGAAACUGUUGCAGGAGGCACAAGAACUAUCACAGGACCUCAUUGACAAGGUGACGUUGUUCAGAUCAACGGGCCUGACAAGAAAGUAGAGGAUUCCCAUGCGUGUGGCAGUUGGACAUUUUAAAUCAUUGUUGUGUGACAGCUUUGGAAUUGUACUGUCUACGAAUACCAAAUUCAAGCGAUUUCACACUGGACCAUAAAUUUUCGAGGCACAUUUUGUCGUCGAUCAGCA